AUGGACGUGAUCGGAAACGUAAAACACCAGACCAUCAAGCCGCCGGAAGAAGAAGAGCUUCCGACUAGCCCGGGACACUUGAUUUUCGAUGCGGACUUUGAAUCAGGAAAUCUCGGGAAAGUAGAGUACUGUGGAAACAACGAAUACGAUCUGUACAUUCGCGUGGACACCUGCAACCAGAAAUAUCGGCUUUGGUUUCAUUACUCGGUCACGAAUGCGAAAGUUGGACAGACUUGUAUCUUCCAUAUCGUCAAUUUCUCAAAGGGAAGAUCCCUGUAUCGCGAAGGAAUGGGCCCAGUAGUUCGCUCAACUUCGCGAGUCAAUUGGACGCGCCUUUCUCAGUCUCAGUGCUACUACUGGAAGGGCGAAAGCGGCGGAUACAUCCUUUCCUUCACCUUCAAAUUCGACGUUGAUGAGCGCUACGAAUUCGCGUAUUGCUUUCCUUACGAUUAUGCUCGCAUGCAGAGUAAGAUUCAAUCACUGCCGUCAAGUCUUGUCGAUCGGCGAGUUCUAGCGCACACUCUUCAGAAAAGAAACAUAGACCUACUAACCAUCGGCUCUGGAGAACGACACAUAGUCGUGAUGGCCCGAGUUCAUCCUGGAGAAAGUCCAGCGAGCUUCAUUAUGGAUGGAUUUUUAGACUUUAUCACCUCUGAAGAAUGUAAUAUCGCAAAGUACUUGCGCGAUCAAGUUACCUUCAAGAUAAUCCCCAUGUUAAAUCCGGACGGUGUCGCGCUCGGAAACUAUAGAUGCUCGUUGAUGGGUUUUGAUUUGAAUCGCCACUGGCGGGAUACGAAUCCUUGGGCGCAGCCUGGGCUACAUGCAGUCAAAGCGUUUCUAAUUGGGCUUGAAAAGGAACAUCCUGUUGACUUCUGCUUUGACAUUCACGCGCAUUCCUUGGCGACCGGCGCGUUUAUGUAUGGAAAUGUCGUCUCUGAGGAUCAACAAAGUGAGCAACAGGCCUUUCCGAAGAUUUUCUCAGCGUUUGCAGAAGACUUUUCGCUGUCAAAAACGAAUUUCAACAAAGACGCAGUGAAAUCUGGAACGGCUAGAAGAGUCCUACGAGGGCUUUUCCCCAAGAGCUACACUUUGGAGGUCUCCUUUUACAACUACCAGAAAGAUUUGAGAAGCGUUCCGUACACACAGAAAGCAUACUGCGAGCUUGGUGAGAACCUAGCACGGGCGAUUGCAGAAUACUACAGAAAAUACCCGACUUUAUAA